AUGAAGGGCUCCGACAGCGGGGAGCGGCGGGCCGGCGGGCCCGGCGGGCCCGGCCGCGGCCGAUGCGCCACCCCGGACUCCGCCACCUCCAACCGCUGCGAGGACGGCCGCGCCAGGGCCCCGUGCAGCGGCGCCCAGCGCGGUGGCAGCAAGCGCCAGCGGCUGUCGCGGUGCGCGGAAUCGGGGUCGGCGAGGUCUGACGCAAGCGCCAACGCUGCAAGAAGGGAGGCCGGUGGCGGGGAGGGCCCGUCGCCGUGGCAGGAGCUGCCUUUCGGCGCCCUGCAGAUGAUAAUGGACGAGCUGCUGCGCAUGGAGGACGGCGAGGCCUGGGUCAGGAGGUGCGGCUGCGUCUGCCGUGGCUGGAGGGGCGUGUCCGCGGAGCUGCUGAUGACGGACACCGCGGCGUCCAGGCCGCCAAGGUGGGCCGGAGGGCGCGUGCGCCUGCCUCCGACGUGCUUCCGGUGCGCUUCGCGCCCGGCCCGCUGGAAGCCGCUGCCCGGGGCGGCCCCGUUUCUCCCCAUGUGGCCCCGCUACAGGUGCUCGCGCCAUAGGACUCGCACUGCGGGCGCGGGGGCGGGGCGCUCGGCAAGGGGUGAUUUGGCGGCGGGUUGA